UUCAAUGAUUGAACUUGGUUUAUAUUUUACUUCCAUUUCUAGAAUCUUAGUUGGACAUUGAUACGUUUUGCAAUCAUAGGAACAACCAAAGGCCUAUUCCUCUCUGGUAAAAGAAAUUCCUUGACUCUCAAACAGAACCAAAGAUGGUUUUUCAAUCAGUAACUCUCUCUUUCUCCUCUUAGACAUCAAUAAAACAAUUUCGAUUCAGGAGGGCGUGUGACCCCAUUUAUGCUCAUAAAAUCUUCUCUCUCAGCAUAUAUCCAAUCUGAGAGCCUAAAAGGACAAACAGAAAGGCUCCUUUUUCUUCUCUCUGGGUGAGCAGAGAGUGUUUGCUCAUUGAAAGAGACUGUUGGUAUAGAGAGAGAGAGAGAGAGAGAGAGAGAGAGAGAGGGGACAGAUGAGUUUCAGGGACGAUUCUGACGAUGGGAGGGAUCUACGGAAGCCGUUUCUACAUACCGGAAGUUGGUACCGGAUGGGUUCCAGGAUGGGGUCCAGUAUGCUGGGCUCAUCUCAGGCUAUUCGUGAUAGCUCCGUCUCUGUUGUAGCCUGCGUUAUGAUAGUUGCUUUGGGUCCUAUCCAAUUCGGUUUCACUUCUGGUUAUUCUUCUCCUACACAAUCUGCAAUCAUCAAGGAUCUUGGCCUAACAGUCUCAGAGUUUUCUCUAUUUGGUUCUUUAUCAAAUGUGGGUGCCAUGGUUGGGGCAAUAGCCAGUGGUCAGAUAGCUGAGUACAUCGGACGAAAAGGGUCUUUAAUGAUUGCUGCUAUUCCUAAUGUAAUUGGAUGGCUUGCUAUAUCUUUUGCAAGAGAUUCAUCUUUUCUUUACAUGGGAAGGUUGUUGGAAGGUUUUGGUGUGGGAAUAAUCUCUUAUACGGUGCCUGUCUAUAUAGCUGAGAUAGCACCUCAAAACUUGAGGGGGGCUUUGGGUUCAGUGAAUCAGCUGUCUGUCACAAUUGGAAUAAUGCUGGCCUAUCUGCUGGGACUUUUUGUUCAGUGGAGGGUACUUGCAGUUUUAGGAGUACUUCCUUGUACAAUUUUGAUACCUGGUCUCUUUUUCAUUCCAGAAUCUCCCCGAUGGCUGGCAAAAAUGGGUAUGACAGAAGAUUUCGAAGCUUCUUUGCAAGUUCUCAGAGGUUUUGAUGCUGAUAUUUCUAUUGAAGUGAAUGAAAUCAAGAGGUCUGUAGCAUCAACAACUAGAAGAACUACAAUUCGAUUUGCACAACUCAAACAAAGGAGAUAUUGGUUCCCAUUGAUGGUUGGAGUUGGAUUACUUAUGCUGCAACAGCUUAGUGGCAUUAAUGGUCUUCUAUUUUAUUCCAGUACCAUAUUUGAAGCUGCUGGGGUUAAAUCCAGCAAUGUAGCUACCUUUGGACUUGGUGCCGUUCAGGUCGUUGCUACUGCUGUAACUACAUGGUUGGCGGACAAAGCAGGACGCCGGCUCCUGCUUAUAGUAAGUUUAUUCUACUUUUGUUUUUUGUACUUUGUUGGUAAUAACCUAGAACCAAAACAAGAGUAUUGGUUUUGCCUUUUCUUAUUUCAGGUCUCCUCUUCUGGAAUGACUCUCAGCCUCCUAAUUGUUGCAGUAUCAUUCUAUAUAAAGGACGUAGUAUCUAGUGAUUCUACCCUUUAUAGCAUUAUGGGCAUAUUGUCAGUAGUUGGAGUUGUGGCUGUGGUGGUUGCCUUCUCUCUAGGAAUGGGGCCCAUUCCUUGGGUUAUAAUGUCAGAGAUUCUUCCAAUAAAUAUCAAGGGUCUUGGUGGAAGUAUAGCAACGCUUUCCAACUGGUUCUUUUCUUGGGUGGUUACAAUGACUGCCAACCUGCUUUUGGAUUGGAGUAGUGGAGGAACCUUCACGAUUUACAUGAUCGUGAGUGCUUUCACUAUCCUAUUUGUGGCUCUUUGGGUCCCCGAGACAAAGGGGAGAACACUGGAAGAAAUCCAAUGGUCUUUCAGAUGAGCUUUUCUUCUCCUUGUUACAUUUUGCUUAGAAGAAGCCAGUUCUUGCAUCCAUUUUCAAAUUAUCUCUCACAGGAUCUCUAGAUGUAAAAUUUUUGUUUGCAAUUUAUCUUCUUUUUGGCAUAGAAAAAGGCAUAUUCUCUGGCUAGCAUCUUCUGUUCCUGGCUUUGUAUUUUUACAUGACUCCGUUUCAUCCUCAAAACAAAUAUCUGUAUUGUCUGCUUAUGUGAGUGAUUAAAUUCAUUUAUAUACUUUCGACGAGCAAAUUGCUUUCGCUUUCA